UGAAGUUACUGUACGAGGAAGUAAUGUGUUACUGUACCAGCCUUUAGGUGAACAUACGAUCUUAAUGAGUAAAUCAUUACUUAGUUUUCAGCUUGAAGUCCUGUUUUGGAGCGACACUCACAGCUACAUGAAGAAAAUGAACAGGUCCCAUAUGGAUUUUUUUAACGGGCACUGUUUCUUUCACAUGUUCUUACUCUUGUUGUUGACCAUAACUUCUAUUAUGCCUGUUGUCAUAAAUCCAAAGGAAAUAGAAUCAUGUAGGCAUACUACAAUUAUCUUAAUAGGAGCAACUGGAGACUUGGCAAGAAAAUAUCUGUGGCAAGGGUUUUUUGAACUGUUCAUCAAGGAACAAGCUAGAUUAACUACUUUCACUUUUAUUGGUUGCGCUCGAUCUGACCAAGACAGUGGAGAGAUUAAACUGCAGAAGAUUUUGUUAGAUGUGGUUAGCUGUGAUGAUAUUUCCAACAUUUCUCCUGGUAACUGCCAAAUAUUGAAAAAAGAUUUCAUUAAACUUACUCAUUAUCAUAUGCUCAAAGGCGAAGAAAUGUAUGCAAGUCUUAAUGACAAGAUUGAAGUCUUUCAAAGGAAAGCUGCCAAGCAAGCGGAAGGAGUUGGCAUUGGUUUCAUAAGUGACCGUAUUUUCUACUUGUCCAUACCACCAUUUGCAUAUUUAGAUACUUCACGAAAUAUUCACAAGUUCUGCCGUCCUUCCACCCCGUACUCAGGGCUCCGCCUUGUUCUGGAGAAACCUUUUGGAAAAGAUUAUGCCAGUGCGAAAUUUAUGUCAGAUGAACUUGCAAAACAUUUCAGAGAGGAAGAAAUUUACAGAGUUGACCACUAUUUAGCCAAACCCAUUGCCAUGCAGGUAUUACCAGUAAGAACAAACAAUGUCCACCUGGAGAUGGUUUUGAAUCGAAAUCAUGUAGAAAAGGUCGAAGUGGUAUUAACAGAAACAUCAGAUGUGAAAGAUCGUCUUGAGUAUUAUGAUGAGUAUGGAGUAAUUCGUGAUAUCCUGCAAAAUCACUUGACUGAACUUCUGUUAUUGGUCACAAUGGAUUUACCAAAGAAUGCUACCAAUAAAGAAGAAAUUGAACAAAACAAAAUCAGGGUAUUGCAAAAAUUCCAGGCCCUGUCACCAGGUGAUAUUCUUCUUGGACAGUAUCAGAAUUAUGGAAGUGAAAUUCAAGAAGGGUUACAGAAAUCUGGCUCCACCCACUUGACUCCAACAUUUGCUGCUGUUCUCCUACGAAUCAACUCAAAAAGAUGGCAGGGGGUGCCAUUUGUUCUGAUGUCUGGUAAGAAGAUGGAUGAGAGGCACAGCUACAUAAGAAUUGUUUUCAAAGACAGAUCAUUUUGUCUCCCCUAUCACACCUGUAAAAACAGAAGCGAACUAAUUUUCAGUUUGUCUCAUGGGCCAGCCAAGAUCCCAUCCAUAUUACACACAUUAAAUCUACCCAUUUAUCUCCAGGAGGGUAUGUUCCAUGAGUUUUCUGAAAGUGACAUUGCAAACAAAAACUUAACUCAAUAUAGGGCCUUUUCUUUGAUCCAAAAUACCAAUGCAUAUGCCAGUGUGAUAUCUUCUGUAUUUCAUAGAGAUAGAACUGGUUUUAUAGGGACAGACCAUCUUCUUCAGUCUUGGAACUACUGGGGACAAGGAUUGUCAGUCUUAGGAGACAACUUACCAAAACUUUAUCCUGGUGGUAAAGGCUCAUUCCGCAAUCUUAGUUUUCAGUAUGAUUUCAAGCACAUAGAUUUCAAUGACCAGACAUUUUCUAAGUCAAACCAAAGGGUUGAUCUAAUCCUAUCAGAUGAAGACAUAAAUAUGGUGUCUCAUAACAUGGCCCAAAUUCCAGACACUUUCUUAGGGAAUACUCUGGUGAGUGCUUCAACAGAUUCCUUAAUACAAAGACUUGUAGAGGAUCUGGCAAACUCUGCUUUGGAUGCCAUACGAAAGAGAGGCAUCUUCCACAUAGCAUUCUCUGGUGGUGCAGGUCCACUUGUCUUAUUCUCAAAACUGGCAACAGUGCCUUAUUUGUUUCCUUGGAAGCAAAUUCAUAUAUGGAUGGUGGAUGAGAGAUGUGUGUCUAGUAAUCACACUGAAUAUAAUUUUCACAAUUUGGAUGAACGCCUGCUUCGUUUUAUUGACAUUCCAAUGAGUAACAUUCACCCUAUGCCAACUUAUCUCUUCACAGAUAUAUGCAACCCUGAUGAUUUGGGCAGCAAGUUGUAUGAAAACCAUAUGCAAAAACUCAUCAGUAAUCAAAGGCUGGACUUUAUAGUCCUUGGUGUAGGAAUGGAUGGUCACACUGCAUCAUUAUUCAGAGGCCAAAAUUCUUUGAAAGAAAGGACAAGACUGGUUGUCUUAACACCAGGUCGUGAAGGGGACAGUAUUAAACAAAGAAUGACUCUUACUUUUCCAGCCAUCAAUAAGGCUAGAGAAAUUGCUGUGUUUGUACUUGGUUCUCACAAACACGAAGUACUCAAGGUAAUUAGUAAUGAUGAAACCAACGCUGACAAAUGGCCAAUAACUGGCGUCAAUCCCGAUCAGGGUACUAUGACCUGGUACAUCGAUCACGAUGCAUUAUUUGGAAAAUCUUUGUCAUAAUCAUUUAUCAUCUUCUCCCGAUAUAUUCUUGUUCUUAUUUGUCUCAGAAUCUUAAAUGUCUUUUAUAACCCAACCUCAAAUAUAGGUCAUCAUGAUCAUCACAAAAAUGAAUAAUUAUGAUUAAUUACUGCUGGACUAAAUGACCAACAUGUAUGCUGUUAAAUGACCAACAUUGUGAUUUUCAACCUCUUGAUUAAUUAUUUUAAUAAAAGUCUGGCAAUA